AUGACAAUUAUCGUUUUUCAUUCAAUGGCUACUCGUCUCGAAGCACUCUGUGAUGAAUUAUUUAUUGAACUUUAUGAUUAUUUUGAUAUUGUUGAUUUGUAUUAUUCAUUUUCUAAUUUGAAUUAUCGUCUAAAUUCGAUACUUCAAGAUCGUCGUUAUUUAUGUUUACAUUCGUCUUUGUCUCUUGUACCACGUCAACAGUUUUACUAUUAUUUUUAUUUUGUUUUAACGCAAUGUUAUUCAAGUUUGAAACAGUUAACAUUAGCAGAGACAGAUGAUCAGGGUGAUUCACUUCGACGUUGUCGAGUAUUUUUAAGCGUUUGUAAUUUAGAAUAUUUUACUCAACUUCGAUCAUUAACAUUAACCCGCAUUAAUUUAUCCGAAUUAAAAUUAAUUCUAACAAAAUUAAUUACCUUAAAACAAUUAACAUGUUUACAUUUACAAACCGGUGAAAUUAAGCUAGAAUCAAAUCGAAAUGAUGUUUGUCGUCUAAUUUUAUGUGAUUUAACUCAACUGAAAUUGUGUACAUUAAAUUUUCACACAUUUAUCGGCUUUUCUGAGUUGCCAACAUGUUCAAAUAUUGAAAAAUUAACGAUAGAACGAUGUUUUGUAAAUGAUUUUUAUUCAUUAAUGAUGCAUACACCAAAAUUGCAAUGUUUAAAUAUAACUUUAUUCAAAGAUAAAUUAGUACCGGUGAAUGAUAUUUCUAAUCUUAGUUUUUCAUCGAAUUUAGUCUAUUUAAAAUUAUAUCUUUACUAUGUUCCAUUUGAUAAUAUUCAUCAAUUACGAUCAGAAUCUAUGCCAAAUUUAAAAACGUUUAUUUUGAAAGGAUCAGUAAGUAACAGAUGUUUUCUCAACUAAAAUAUAAAGAGUGUCUGCUAAGUUUUGGUUCCCAUAUUAGAAAAUAACAUAUGAAUGGCAUAGUUUGAUCUAGAAAUUCUUUAAAUAACUUCAUCAUAUAGAGCAGACAUUUCUGAACAAAAUGAGAUUCCGAGCUUUUCUCAUCAAACAGCAUUCAAUUUACGAAAGGUCCCAUACCACCAAAAUCAGAAAAAUUAACGGGAAAACAAGAAAGAUAUGUUCUUAGAGCCUUUCGUAAAUUGAAUGCUGCUGUUUCAUGAGACUCAGAGACCUCUCAUUUUGUUCACAAAUGUCUACUCUAUAUGAUGAAGUUAUUUAAAGAAUUUCUAGGUCAAACUAUGCCAUUCAUAUGUUAUUUUCUAAUAUGGGAACCAAAACUUAGUAGACACCCUUUAUAUAAUGUUCUAAAAUAUUGCACACACACUUAACCCUUUCAGGACCGGGUUAAUUUUUAUAUAAAAAGUGCUGUUCAAAAGUUGAAGACCUUUUUUAUUUUGCAAUAUCUCGGCUUCCCUGACAGAUAGAGACUUCAUCCUUUUGUCAAAAGAAA